AGGAGGUGGUGGAAGAGCAGGAGGAGGAGGAGGAAGGGAAGGAGGAGGCGGUGGAAAGGGGGGGGGUGCCUCUGGCACCAGGCUUGUAAAUAAACUCUGCGAUGGUUUCUCUCCCUUAUUGGACUAGGUGCUGUGACCGCUACCACCAUCACUGCUGCCACCGCGGUACUCGGCUCUCAGGCUCACUCCUCCUCAGCAUCUUUUGGCUUUAGCGCUUCGUCGACAUCCUCCUUCCAUCCCUUUACCUAAACUCAGCAGCGUUUCUCCCGCUACCUAUAUCUCCUCCGUCUUCAUACCAUGCUGGUGACUUGACAGGGAUGUGACCCCCGCCCCUCUACUUUCCCUAACCCCUCUUCCCCCCCAAACCACCUUUUCCUUCUUUUUGGGGGGUGGGCUGGGGAGGGGGAGCUCGGAUCAUGGCAUUGGAGUUCCCAGGGCUGCUGCUGCCGCUGCUGCCUAGUACUACCCCGAGCUCACCUCCACGGACCAGCAGCAGCGGAGAAGGCGAAGAAGGCGAAGGCGGGGAGGGAGAUGGGGCUCAAGUCGCGAAAGGCGGCGGGCGGCGGGGGCGGUUGGCGGCGGCGGUGGCAGCAGCGGCGGCGGGGGGCGGCAGCAGCCCAGGCGGCAGCGGGGGCGGUAACUCUGGAGGGAGGGAUGCGGAGGACAAACGAACCGGGCUGGGGACGGUCGGGGACGUGGAGCAGGGCACCUUGGCCCUAGGAGCCGGAGCUGACAAAGACGGGACUUUGCUGCUGGAAGGGGCGGGCAAAGAUGAUGGCAGCAAGAGAACCCCGCAAGGGAUUGGCCUUCUGGCCAAGACCCCUCUAAGCCGGCCGGUCAAGAGGAACAACGCCAAGUAUCGGAGGAUCCAAACUUUGAUCUAUGACGCCCUGGAGAGACCUCGGGGCUGGGCGCUGCUGUAUCACGCCUUAGUGUUUCUAAUCGUUCUGGGGUGCUUAAUCUUGGCAGUCCUGACCACAUUCAAGGAGUACGAGACAGUUUCAGGAGAUUGGCUGCUUCUAUUGGAAACAUUUGCUAUUUUCAUCUUUGGAGCUGAGUUUGCCUUGAGGAUCUGGGCUGCUGGAUGUUGUUGCAGAUACAAAGGAUGGAGGGGGAGACUGAAGUUUGCAAGGAAGCCCCUGUGCAUGCUAGACAUUUUUGUGCUGAUUGCUUCAGUGCCAGUGGUCGCUGUUGGAAACCAAGGCAAUGUUCUCGCCACCUCGCUCCGGAGUUUACGGUUCCUACAGAUCUUGCGCAUGCUACGCAUGGACAGAAGGGGUGGUACCUGGAAACUCCUGGGUUCUGCAAUUUGUGCCCACAGCAAAGAACUCAUCACUGCCUGGUACAUUGGAUUCCUGACACUGAUCCUUUCCUCAUUUCUUGUCUACCUGGUGGAGAAAGAUGUGCCUGAAAUUGAUGCUCAAGGAGUGGAGAUGAAAGAGGAGUUUGAGACCUAUGCCGAUGCACUCUGGUGGGGCCUGAUUACUCUGGCAACCAUUGGUUAUGGAGACAAGACCCCUAAAACCUGGGAAGGCCGUCUGAUUGCAGCCACCUUUUCCCUAAUUGGAGUUUCGUUUUUUGCUCUUCCAGCUGGAAUUCUUGGAUCAGGGCUGGCUCUCAAGGUACAAGAACAACAUCGACAGAAACAUUUUGAGAAAAGAAGAAAACCAGCAGCUGAACUCAUACAGGCCGCAUGGAGGUAUUAUGCAACUAAUCCCAACAGGAUUGAUCUUGUAGCUACCUGGAGAUUUUAUGAAUCCAUUGUUUCUUUUCCAUAUUUCAGAAAAGAGCAGUUGGAGGCAGCAGCCAGCCAAAAGCUGGGUCUCUUGGAUCGGGUUCGACUUUCUAAUCCUCGUGGUACCAAUACUAAAGGAAAGCUAUUUACCCCUCUGAAUGUAGAUGCCAUAGAAGAAAGCCCUUCUAAAGAGCCAAAGAAUGUUGGCUUGAACAAUAAGGAACGUUUUCGGACUGCAUUCCGAAUGAAAGCAUACGCUUUUUGGCAGAGUUCUGAAGAUGCUGGAACAGGAGAACCCAUGGCUGAAGAACGGGGCUACAGUAAUGAAUUCCUCAUAGAAGACAUGAUCCCCACACUCAAGUCAGCCAUCAGAGCAGUCAGAAUACUACAAUUUCGUCUCUACAAAAAAAAAUUCAAGGAGACUUUGAGGCCUUAUGAUGUAAAGGAUGUUAUCGAACAAUAUUCUGCAGGACAUCUGGAUAUGCUUUCCAGAAUAAAGUAUCUUCAGACAAGAGUAGAUAUGAUCUUCACCCCAGGACCUCCAUCUACGCCAAAACACAAGAAGUCCCAGCGAGGUGGAGCCUUCACCUAUCCUUCCCAGCAGUCUCCAAGAAAUGAUCCGUAUGUAGCCAAAGCAUCCUCAUCAGAAAUUGAAGACCAAAGCAUGAUGGGGAAAUUCGUCAAAGUUGAAAGACAGGUUCAUGACAUGGGGAAGAAACUGGAUUUUCUCGUUGACAUGCACAUGCAGCACAUGGAGCAGCUCCAGGUACAAGUUACAGAAUACUACCCAACCAAAAAAGCCACUGCUACCCCUGCAGAGGCCGAGAAGAAAGAGGAGAACAAGUAUUCUGAACUGAAAACCAUCAUCUACAACUAUUCUGAACCCUGCACCCAGGAAAGUCCCUACAGCUUCCACCAGGUCCCUGUCAACAAAGUCAGCCCCUAUGCUUUCUUUGCACAUGACCCAGUGAGCUUGUCUCGAGGUGGAGGAGGAGGAGGAGGAGGACCCCCAUCAGAGAAGGAGAAGCUCCCGAGGACUGUCCCUUCCUCGGUCCCCUAUGCAGAAAGACCCACCGUCUUGCCUAUCCUCACUCUCCUAGACUCUCGGGUGAGCUACCACUCCCAAGCUGAGCUCCACAGCCCCUACCAGGACCGAAUCUCACCCAGGCAGAGACGGAGCUUCACCAGGGAUAGUGACACCCCGUUAUCUCUUCUCUCUGUCAACCACGAGGAACUGGAACGCUCACCCAGUGGCUUCAGCAUCUCCCAGGACAGAGAUGACUACCUUUUCGGCCCGAAUGGGGGCUCGAGCUGGAUGAGGGAGAAGCGUUACCUGGCCGAGGGAGAGACUGACACAGACACAGACCCCUUUACCCCAAGUGGCUCCAUGCCUCUGUCUUCCACAGGGGAUGGGAUUUCCGAUUCCAUAUGGACUCCUUCCAACAAGCCGGUCUAAAGGGGGAGGAGGGGUCACUGGAUGGCCUCUCCUUGUAAUGUAGACAAACUUUGUAUAGCUCACUUACUCUUACACCCAAAGCUUACUAGUUGGAACACCAAUGGCUGCAUUCAAUGCAUGUGUUAGUAUUAGUCACUGCACCAUUCCACGGGGAUUGACAGCUGCAUUUUUUUCAAAGCCACCAUGAGGAAGCCGCUUCAUUUUGAGCAUGCUUUGCAUGACUUUACACUAUAUAAAUGGUACCGCUACUUUCUUCUAGGAUACAUAUCUAUCUGCUAUUCUUACUUAAAAACCACGAUUGGGCCUGUGCAGGGAGAAACUACAGAGGAUUCCAUGCUCCUUUUCUUUUAGAGACAGAGAAUACAGUUCUAGUGAGUUCUAGAAUCACUGCCCUUUUGCGUUCCAGCACCUGCCCUGAAAAUUGCACCUUUUUUUAAGGAAAUGAAUUCAUUUUUUGCAUAACUUCACGAGCUCUUGGAUGUCCCUAGAAUGGAGAGCAGGCUCAGUGAAGUCUAAGCCCCAGCAUUAAUAGGAUUAAUUUAGUUUAUAUGAUUACUUUUGGAGGAAUUCUGAUUUCAUUCACGUAAGGAACUUCCAUAGCAAAAAUGCCCUCCACUGAGGCCAGUCAGCGACCUCUCUCUAAUUUAUCUUACAGAGAUGUGUAGGGAUACUGAGAAGUUAAGUGAUGCCCCUCUUCACAUAGCUAUUAUGUCAGAAGCAGACCUGAAAUCAGGUCUUCUUGAAGCCAGCUCUCUAUCCUCUGUACCAUGUUGUUUUUCCUUCAAUGUGAGACAGAGGGAAAGAAAAGGUGUAUGUCUUGUUUCCCAAACCAUGGAUAUCCUCAUUUAUACAGGAACUAGAAAAAAGAACUAUAAAGGCUUCCAAAUAGGAUUUUUCUAAGUCACAUUAAAUAAUGAACACACUUUGCUGCUAAUUCCAUUGUCCUCAAAAAAAAAGGGCUCAACUUCUUUUCUCUGCAGAAAAAAAAAAUCUUCAACAAAAUAUCUACCAAGAUAGAACCAACUUUAGAGAGCACAUAGAUUCAUUCUUCACAUGAGAGUAAAAAGCAGGUCUAGAGCGCCUAAAAGAGUUUCCAACAGUCAGAAUGGCAGAACAGACUUGAACAGAGGACUUGUGACUUCUAUGUAGAAAACAGAAAUCAAGCUAAUAUUUAAACUAGAAUUACGGAGAUCUGAGACCUUAAAAAUCACCUAGGCCAACUCCCUUAAAGUAUGGAUGAGAAAAUUUAGGCCCAUAAAAGUUAAUAAGUAAUAAGUGGCUCAAUGUUUUCUCUGUGGCUGACCUAGUUGUGGUACCUUGAACACAGAAUGUCAGUUAUUUUGUGCCCCAGUUGACCAGUGAAAACCAUAAAGUUUGUUUUUAUUGUAAAAAAAAAUGCACUUAUUUUUAUUCUGACUAUUUUGCUUCAAGAAAAAUGGCUGAUUGUAGCUUUAUUGAUGUGUGAAUUGGCCAAACUGAUGACCAUCACAUUUUCUUCUUCAUUAGCUCAAAUGACACCAUGUAUAUAAAGCACUUUGAGAACUUGAGACAACUAUAUUAAUGGCAUUUAUUAUUAUUUCACUUCAGUGGAUACAUAAUUGCAUCACUUUGGGGUACUUCCUCCAUUGAUACAAAUUGUAAUGAAUCUUGUCUGUCACAUCAUUGGUUAGUAGUGAAAGUUUCAUAUUAAGGGUACCAAAAAUUAAAUGAAUGUUUGUCAGUGGGGUGUUCCUUCAUAGUUAUGGAGAUGAGGUGACCCUGUCUUCUUGAAAGCUACCAAGUUAGAAUAGAUUCAAAUAUGGUCCCAGCAACUGGCUUUAUCUGAUACCUAAGGACCAGUUUACUAGAAAAUUGACCAUCCAAUGAGGAAUUCUUAUGCUAUGUCUGCCCAUUCUUCCUUUCACAUGUUUAUGAAACUACCAAAAUGUCAUAAGUGACAUUGAAUCAGCUAAAAGUUAAAGCAAAUAGCCUUGUAGCAGUGUCCCAGAGUAAUCACUAAGCACAAUCUGCCUGAGGUUUAUCACUUGUUAUUUAUUUAUUUUUACCACUUGUUAAUCUAUAAAGAAUUCUGAUAGUGGAAUUUCUCACAAAGAUUGGAUCAUACAGAUAAGUGCCCAGCUCAAUGACUGCACAAGCAUGGUCCUGCCCCUCUUUAAACAGUCAUUUAUGGGUUUCUGCCCAACUAGAUCUAUUGAAAUGACCAUUCAGCUACACAUUAACUACCUUUUGGUUCUUGUAUGUCAUCUGUAUAGCAAUGAGGCUGUAAUCCUUUGAGACUUUGUAUAGACAAGUAAUAGUUCCAGCAAAAAAAAUAGUUCCAGCUCAGUAAAUGAGCUUAUACAAUAACUAAUGAAGAGAUAUUCUAUCUUUUGGUAGGGAUGAUCUACUUUUUUUGGCUUCAAGGUCUAGAGAUUACUUGGAAAGGAAGAGGGAAGAUGGGAAAAGAGGUAUUUGCAGAUGGUGUUUGUAACUGGAACAUGGGAAAGUGUACAGACUGGAGAGUUUGAGAGUGGUUGAGAGGCAUGGCAUAGUUAAGCAGAAUAAUCUAUUUAUGAGGACCUAUGAUGUGGUUCAGACUCUGUCCUCACCAUGACUUGCUGCCACAGAAAAGUGGUCUUGGAAUUAACUGCCACCUUUCAACCAGCCACAUUAAGCUCUAUGGUUGAUUACUUGGGAGCCUCUAGCCCAACGGGUCAAAUGUGCUUUUCUCAGAGAUGGACUUCUGACUCUUCUAGAAGUCAUCAUUGACCAGGAAUAACUGAAUAAUCUCUAAGUUAUCUCUCUCUAUCGUUAUUCACUAAAAGGUUUUUUUUUUAAGGAAUUGAUGGAAAACAGGUCAAACUUUCUACCUUUGCACCAAUUAAUUUUUCUAACAAAUUGACACUCUCCUAGAAACUAGACCUCAGUGUCUUAACAAAAGCAAAUUUUAUUAUGAAAUAAUUGUACUCAAGCUUGGUGAUCAAAAAGGAGUGGACUGUUGCCUCCCUUCUAGGAACAUCUUAUAUGGACAAGGUACUUGGCAAGUAAUAUAAGUUGUCAUGAACUGUCUGAGUAUGGAAUGAGUUCACUUUCACUGAAGGUCUUCAUGAGGAAUUUCAGUGAGCAUUCAUUAGGGACAGGGAUGUUGUAAAAGAAGAUGCUUGUUCAGGUAGCUUUGUACAAAUGAUUUCUGAAGUCCCCAAAGAAUUUUUAAGAUUCUAUCAUUCUUUUCCCCUAUUUAUACAAUAAUUGUAUAUCAGAAAACUUUCAACCUUAUAACAAGAUGCCAUGGAGGUAAAAAAAAAAAGUCUAAAUGAAGUAUUAACUUUCAGAGUGUUCCAUGUUUUAGCCUUUCUUUGCAUCCCUAGCACUUAGCACAGUUCUUGGCACAUAGUAAGUGCUUAAUGGAUGUUUGUUAACAGAUUGACUCUUUGAAAGGUAGCUAGCUCAGAUGAGAACAGAUAUUAGCGUUCAUUUGGCCAAUCAAUAAAAAAGUAUUUGUAAAGAGCCUUAUAUAUGUGUCAGGCACUGUAAUAGGCAUUGGGGAUACAAAUACAAGAAUGAAAAACUUCUUGCUUUUAAGAAGCUUAUAUUUUAUUAGACAUCCAGCCUCAUGAAAACAUAAUAUAUUAAUAAAAAUAAAUAUAUUGAUAUUUAUUAUCUCCAUAAGUGGGUUUAGAUAGAGCACUAUGAUUUUGGAAGGUUGGUGGAAGUGAUAUUUCCUAUUAGUGUAUAGUGGUCUCACCUCUGAAGACAAAAUGGGGGGCUUUAGGCUCUGACUGAAUCAUUUUGGCACAGCUAGUCUCAAAUCAUCUUUUCAAAAUACUGGGUUCUGGAUUAACUGAGAUUUUUUUUCAUUUGUAAAUGAAGUCAAGUUUCUCUUCCUUCCUACUCUGUCCUAAAUCUAUUCCAAGAGGCAUAGCCAUAAAUUGGCGAUUGGAUUUAGGCUGUUUUUAAUCUCUUCAACUGCAUUCUAGGCACAAUCAACUUGGAAAACCUUAGAGUCUAGAUCUAGUCUGCCAAACCUUUGCUCCAUGCAUAACAUGUGUUUUAAGAGAAAGCAGUUACUUUUCUAGAAGGUAUCUGCUGGUUUGGUCAAUGACCUGGAAGGCUGCUUGGAUUUUAUGAGAAAUAAAAGGGAUGUUCUCUUCAUAUCCCCACCCUUAGGGUUUCUACAUAGCCAAUCUUUGCAUGUCUUCGCUGACUAAAAUUCCAUGAAAACUCCAAAUCAUGUUGUGUAGGAAAUGGACUUGUGAUGUUAUUGGUAUAGGUAAUAUCCUGGAGAUAGAGGAUUCCAUAGCUGAUAUGUAUUAGAUGCAGAACUUGGACCCAUGUCUCUUGGGUUCUAAAUCUGUCUGCUCAUUAUACCACUUUAGUUUUCAAUUUGUUGGACAAAGCUCUGCUUGACCAAGGGCAACCUCCAGAAUUUACUUCUUGAUCUUACUUUUCAGUGACAAAGGUAUUGCAGUUUGAGAGUAUAGUUCCAAAAGAUACAAUUGACUUCAUUUCCCAAGUCCAGUCCCAUCGUCAUUGUUGAGGAUGCUUUAUUCCAGUGAACAGAUAGCUAAUGGAAGUAGCUGUGGCCUUUGACAAUAGGUUUUCCAGAAUAUAACAUUAUUAAGCACCAGGGAAUUCACAUAUAAGUUUGAUCUUUGUAAGCCAAGGGAAGUGAUGAGAACAAAGAUCUAACAAUAUGUCCAAUAUUCAGAACACAAGAUUCCUUUUUAUUUUCAUAGUACAUUAUCUGUAAUAUAUAUUGCCUUAGGCUGGACUUUUCAACAUUGCUUUGCAUACUUAACUUUAAAAACUUCCAUGGCUCAAAAAAAAGAGAGAGAUGAGGUAGGUUCCCUGAAAUAUUUAGUAUUAAGAUAUCAUAAUCUUAAGGCACUUAUUGAUAGCAAGACCUCUGCAUUUCAAAUAAUUUGUUUAACAAUUGAAACAAGAAAUAUGUUACUUCCAUAGGAGAAUAGUAAGACCCUCUUACUUUGGGUACAGUUCAUAAAUCCCCAGUGGGUAUUAUAGCUUAUUUGUAUGCUAAAUUAACAUUUCUUAUGGGUGAUCAACUGAGGGGGGAAAUGCUACUGAAUGACAGGGAUAAUUGAGAAUAAAAGGCCAGGUGGGUGCUUAGCAAAGACCCAUGUGGCCUUUUCCUUUCUUCCCAAUGAAAGUCAUGUAAUCAAGCCAAAUGUAUGCAUUGAUUUUGCUUUGCAUGUGGAGUCAUGAAUGAAAUUGUAUGAUUUUGUAGGAAUAAGGUGUUUAUGACUCUGAUACCCAGUGAUAUUUAUUACCCUGUCACAAUGGAUAGAGUUCUGGGCUUGGAGUCAGAAAGUUCUGAGUUCAAAUUCUGCCUUGGGCACUCUAUAAUCCCAGGCCAAUCUUUUCUCCAUUUUCCUCAUCUGUAAAUGAGAGGGUUUGAUUCAAUCACUUCUAAAGGCUCUCAAACUCUAAAUCUAAGAACCUAUAAUCUACUUCAGCACCAUGGCUAGUAAUUGGGAACUGUAUUCCUAUUCCCUUUGUCUGAUGUGAUUGAGAAUUCAGAAAUUUAAAGAGUACCUGGAGAUUUAAAAAUAUUCAAUAAGAAGUGCUGUUAUACAGUCUUCCCAUUCACUGAAGCACACCCAAACUUGAACAAUGGCCAAAAUUCCUGAGUUUUCAGGAGCUGCCCUUUAAGAGAGGAUAAUGUUCCUAUGUCUUAGAGGAAAUCAUUUUCCCUUCCCCCACCUCUAGCUUAGAUUCUCCCAAGAGAGUUUCCCAAAUGUCCUUAAAAUUCAAUGCCAUUAAGACCAUGCCAACAUACCCCUUUUUACUAUCUUCCCAUGGUAUGAUUAAGACAAUGCUGACAUCCAUUUUUCUCCUUUUAACUUUUGCCAAUCACUUCCCUUCUCCACCCCACCAUCCCAACAAUUAUCUGAUUUGCUGCUUAGACUCACCCUAGCCUUAGAGCUAAUACUCAAGCAGCAUCUAUACACAAUCUAGUUUGAAAAAUUAAAGUUAGAAACAAAAUAAAGAGAAAGAUGAAUCUGGCAAACCCCACAAGAUCUACAUAAUCCCAAAUAACUGUUUUGGUUUAAUAGAUUCAACAAUUGAAAGUUCAAUUGUCAUGUUAUCAAGCUUUCUCUGAGCCUCUGAGUUGUCCUCCAAGUUAAUCUUGCUUUAUCAGAGCCUAUUACCAAAUCCUUCCACAAAAGGUUCAGAAGGUAGUAGAAACAGAUGUCAUUCAAGCUAUUCCUUGGUUAUAACUCUACAGAAUGGUUUAGUGAUUGAGAAAGUCAAAAGCUUUUGACUAAAACAAGAUUUGGGGAUUAGAGCUAGAUGUCAAUAAUUAAUUUUUUUUUUAAUUCAGGAAAGGCAUCUGGAGAUUCUUGCCAUAUAUUUUUAUUCUUAUUUUUUUUAAUUUAUAGAUUUUAAACUUGAAAGUUUCUUCUAAGCCACCCAGUUCAAAACCUCCUUUUAAAAAUUAAAAAAAUAAAAAAUGAAGCUCAGAGAGACCAUUGUUUCUUUCCUUGUCACUGGCAUUUGUUUUCAUUUGUUGUUUGGUUUUCAGUUAAACUUUGUCAUGUUUUUUGGACAUAGUAGACACUUCACCCAAGAGAGAACAUAAUAAAAAACUGUCAAAUAGUUUAGGCCUCAAGAAGUUGGCCAAAUAUUUGAAGAAAUCCUCACUGAAUCCUAUGUACAUUUCCCCCAAAACUUCUUUAUUUUAAUAUCAACUUCAUAUUUGGCAAGAUUGAGAGUCAAAAUAAGUAUUAAGAGAAAAUGAGCAUUUUCAAUAGGCUUGAAAAUAUUCAUCUGAACAGCCUGAAAUCAGAUAGAGGGUGAAUAAUUAUUCAAUAGUUAAUAAUAUUGAGCUUAAUUUUAAGAAAACAAAUGUUACUCACACUGGAUUCAUCCAUGGAUACUCCCCUUAACAUCAUAAGCUGGGAAGAUAAAAAUGUUUGAGCUGAUAUUUUGUUUCAGUGAUCCAAAGAAAUUUAAACUAACUGAGUGGAGUGACUACUUCUUUUUCCAUUUUUCAUUGUAUCCCCAUAAUCUAGCACAAUGCUUUGCACAUACUAGGUACCUGAGAAAUGUUUGUUGAAAUGAAUGAAACUAUUGAAUUGAAUCCAAAAGAACCAAAUCGGAUUAAAUCCCUAUGCAGUCUUCAUGAUCCUUGUUGAGAGUUGGCCUUGAUUCCUGUGAUUUGAGGAAGCUGUUUAAUUAUUUUCUUCCUGGGGCUUCUGUAAAAGAAUUCUAUGCAGAAAUUUUCUAGGAAAGGGUUCACCGAAGAUUUAUGAGAGAACACACUGGCUGGCUGAACUAGUUUCAACUAGUUGCUAUAUGAUUUCUGUCAUAUCAGAUACAAAUUGGCACCCCAAAGAAUUAGUGAGAAUGACAUACGUAGGCUCCCUCCCAUCCAGUGAUUCAAAAAAAGAAACCCCCUGAUGACAUUUCUGGGAUACAGUGUCCAUGAUUACUGGGGAACAAAGCAAUGGCAGACCCUCUGCUUAGUAUCUCCUUCAACAACUUCAGCAAACAUCUUCCUCCACUUGUCACUAAACACAAAAAACUUUCCCCUCACACACAUACCCAAAAAACCUGCCUUCUAGAAGUUUACAUUUGACUGAGGAAGGGGAAACAUCACAUUGGCACUCUGUAAGAUACCUCACUCAGUAUAUAUACAGGACUGUUUUACUAUCAGAGAGGUAAAUACCACAGACCUAAAUCUGCUCUCCAACAUCAAACUUCCUGCUUUCAAAGGGAAAACUGAUUUUACCAUAGUAAGUUCUGAACUAUCUCUUAUUAGCUGGUCCCCUCCUACUUUAAAAACAUGGAGGUCUCAAGACAGAUGUGCCAGGACCCAUAAAUACCUCCUGUGAUGUACUUAGGGAUCUGCUACUGGGACAAAAGGCGAGGGAGCCAUGCUUUCUGAACUGGCUCAAGGACAAUUUCUCUGAGCCUGGGAGGGUGUCAAGUGAUACUGAAUGACUCACUUUGUACUGGCUUCUUCUAACACUGGUUUUUUUUCAGUCACUACUCAACUCCAUGAGAAUCAUUCCUUUUCCAAACCACUUAUGCUAUCUGUCAGUAACUAUUUUUUUCCCACUGAAUUCAAUUAAGUAGGUUCAUAUGUCCCAAUUGACUCAACACCUAUUCUGACUUAUUAUUUGCUAUUUGGAUUGGAUGCCAGCUUUUUUUUUUCAGAGAUAGCAUAUUUAUUUUCAAAUGCCUUUUCUACUGGGUCUCUGGUAAGCAGAUCACAGAAUGAGCACUUCUCUUUGUAUUUAGAAAUGUUUCUAUUCCAAAAUCAGAAGGCAAGACUUUUCUUCUGAGGUCAGCUCCUUCUUACUGGAGAAAGAUAUCUUCUCCCUUCACACACACACCCACCUCCUCCCCACCCAUCCCAGCUUCCCCACAUAUUUCUUUCAGGCAGGGAAAUCUCAGGAGAAUGAGCUGAGAGGGUUUUGUUUGUUUUGUUUUGUUUUAUUUUAAUAAAAGUCUUUAUCUUUUGUCACAUGAAAGGCAUUGCUUUCAGAGUUCCUUAUAUUAAAAAGUCCACUGUGUCCCUAUCAAAAAAAAAGUAAAUAGUCUGUUUUUAUUCUUGAGAAAAAUACUAACCUUAAGGAGUAAGGAAAAGAAAUGGGUGACCCUUCAGUCCCCAUGACCCCUCUCAAAUUUAUAUUCAGCUCUGGUUUUAAUUCAAUACAAUUCAACUCAACUAGCUUCCAUUCAAUAUCCAAUAUGACCAAAGGUCAAGGGAAAAAUUCUAAGCCUCAAGGAGUUUAUAUUCCCCUGAAGGGAUAUAAAGAUGAACAUAUGCAGAGUAAAUGUUGAAAAAAAUGGUUUAUGUUAUUAACUGAAUCACUUUGAGGGCCUGAGUGAGAAAAAUGUGUGUACUGUUUGUUAGGAUCAGGUUGGGCAAACCAACCAUAAUAGCCAUAAAAUGGUUUAGAAUGGGGCUCUAUUUUGUUUUUUUUCUUCUUUCUAAUGUAGAAAAGUAAUGUCAAAUAGCAAGAGACCAAUCCAUUUUGAAUAUCUGAAAUACAAUAUGAAGUUAAUAUGUGGCACAAACCUGGUGUGUUUUGGGGAGGGAGGUUGCUUUAUUUUUUUUUCCUUUUAUGGCAUAGAAUUCUGGUGCCUUGCUCCCUGAAGUUGUCUCCAAGCUACAAAGGAAACACUUUUUUCACAUUCUGGCUUACAAGGGAACACAACUUUUCUACAAGUGGCCUUUAGUGCUCUUUCUAAUAUGAUUUCCUGUAAUUUUUAAACUGUAUGUCUAAUUUAUAUUCUGGCACUGUCCGAUAUUGAACAACUUUAAUAUGUUGAUUUCCAUCUAUAUUAUGCAAACUAUACUUCUUACCUGAUUUUUUAUGUUCUGUCUUAAAAUGAACAAUCAAAUAAAUAAAUAAAUGCCGCAACAGUUAUUAAUAAAUGGAAAUUUCAAUGA